AUUCCACAAGCGUCCGGUGACCAUCCCUGAGGAGAGUUGUAUAGCCGUCGUGACGGCGCGGUGUCAAUGAUUAGAUCCCGACGCUUGGAUACACCAUGAAGCUGACAUGAUACCUCAUUCUUCCGCCGGCGUCCAGCCAUGGGGCCGUUCCCUGCGCGCCCUCAAUAACGGCUCAGGACGCGUUGAUGCUUCCCAAGCUCUGGUUCAGUCCGACCCGCAGCUGGAGAAGCUGUCAAUGUCCAUGCCGCAACCGCUACCCCGACAGCCGGCAGUGAUCGACCUUACCGCGAAUGCCAGCGACUCUCAGGACCGGGAGCCCCCUGCGAAAAGACUCAAGUUGGAUGCGCCUCCGGGAUCAUGUCCACCUGAGGGAAGUCCAGCUCCGGGAAGUGGAGGAGAAGCGAGAAGCACCCCAGGGACCGCAAGCUCGAAACCAAAUCCGCUUGCCUGGCGCGGUCGACCAGUGUGGUCGUUCCAGGCCCUGAUCUCGGAGACGACUGGAGCUGUGGAAGCGAAGGAAGAUGAUACCACUUCUCAAGGGAAGAACCCUGCAUCGCCGCCACCUUUACCUCUCGUCCCUUGGAAGCACACUCCGCAGGAAGCCUCCGGAAGCAACAGCGCGAAAGCAAAUGUCGCAUCUACAAAGGAAGUGCAAACAACUCCCUAUCGUAUUGUCGUACCCCCUGUUGCGCCAAAGCUGAAAGGGGAGAGAGUCGCGGACUUUUCCCCUUGGACGGGCAACCACCCGGAAGAUACACUUAAUGACCAUACUGCCAAACAAGGCCAUUACGACCGUACGCAGGUCUCGCAGAACGAGUCUAAUACAGCCCGCCCAUCUCUGUACGCGCAGCUGAAGCAUCGAUCCGGCCUUCAGAUGCUCUCCUCUGUUUUCGCCGCUGCUCUUGAGAAACGUCAAUCCCAUAGUACGAUCGCCACUCCGUCGAGCUUCAAACCUCCCCCGCGCGUCACUUUGACAGAUAACAAACGCGAGGCUUGGCUUCGGGAUCUCGCCAAUCCAUCCGUCCCGUUGCGCAGACUAAGUCGGACAAUACCCCAUGGUAUUCGAGGCAAGGUGCUGCUCGAUCAAUGUCUGGGCAAAGGCAUCCCGGUUCCGCGAGCUAUAUGGUUGGCCCGAUGUGUCGGGGCCAACGAAAUUCGUGCCUUUAAGCGAAAAGGCACGAGCGGGACCCUCGCUCUGGGCCUCGAGACCAAAUGGGUCCGCGAUUGGACAUCAACUGUCCAGCAGUUCCUUGAAAGUGUAAUAGGUACUUGCGGAUCUUCAGACUGGAAGACGAAGAUGACAUAUGCUGUCAGCUUAACAUCGCGUUUAUUCUUCGAGCGAUUGCUGGACCACGACCAGUAUCUCAGUUGGUUUUUGGCAUCUUUAGAGGCUGCGCCACUAAACACCGUGCCUGUGUGGCUCUUAAUGCUCGGUAUAUACUGGAAUAAUAUUAUGCGCUAUCGAAAGCGUGGUCGACGAUUGGCUGAGGUUUUACUGGAGAAGCUGCGCUUGAUCAAGCAGCCCGGACAACCUACAGCCUUGGAACCGUUAGUUGAACGUUUAUCUCGAUGCAUCAGGAGAUUAGUACUCGAGCAUACGUCCUCUGUUAUACUCCCGAAAUCCUGGGAUAAAUACAAGGACUUGAUUGCUUCAUGCCUGAACCUGAAGGAAUCGCCUGACAAGACAACACUGCAGAACCUUGCGGAGCGUAACGUACGAGUCCAGCUGCCUACUAACCACCAAGUGACGACUCAGCAAUUGCCUCAGCAACAUGUCAUCCACUUGUUCGAAUCCAUACAAUCUGCACAUGAUGUCUUGUCCACGUCCUCGGCCUGCUUGGCUGCCGUGGAAGACAAGGCUACUCUGGUCGCCAAGCUACUUGAAUGGGCAGCGACUCCGUUUCGCCAUGGGUCCCGCCGCGUGUAUACCAGUGUUCGUCUGCUUCGGAAAUGGAAGAUGUCGGGAAUGGAUGUUGAAUCCCAUAUUCUCGCUUUCCUUGCCAACAUUCAGAUAACCAGUCGCGUCAAUAUGGACAAUGUCUAUCAUAUAAUUGCGGAACUUGUCCGGUCUCAGACAUUCUCUGUGGGCAGGUACCUACAGUGGCUGAUGGCGAAAGGGGUAGCAAACGAUCCUUUGCCCGAUCAACAUAAGGCUAUUUCGGACGACCUACGCCUUCUUAUACAACUUCCAUUGGCCCGUUUGCCAGAAUAUGUCCGUAACCUCCGCAACACGCUGUUGAGUCGUGCCGGAAUUACUGCUUCAGACGAAGAAUCAACCAUUGCAACCGUCAAAGCGUCUAUCGCUCAACGGCUUCCGAAAAUCUUUGGGCCACAGGCAAGUGAUGCAAUGUUGACCGACCAGCCAUUGUCGAGUUUGACAUGGGCAGUCAAAUCUGAGAUUGGCCUGUGGAUCCGCCGUGGAGUAUCUGGACACUGUCGUGAGCCAGUCAGGAAAUAUGCACAUAUACCCAUGCUUGCUGAUUCCGGUGUUUCUGCACUCACACCUGUCGAGUUUUACAACAUCCGCGACGUACUGGAAAGCUUUGGAGAUAUCUCGAUGCUGGCCGACGUGCUCAAGCAGGCGACAAACUGCGAUGACAGUGUCGUUCUGGCCUCCGUUGCUGAUACCAUCAAUUAUCAUUUCGAUUCUUUGAGUAUUAUUGGUGCUGCGACGGAUCUCUUCAAAGGGCUUGUUGAAUCCUAUGCUCGUCUCAAGAGACUUGGAGCGCCCAGUUUAGACCUCAUCUUCUCACUGAUCGAAUUGGGGCUACGGAUGCCCAGCGAGUUUAAUACUGUUGCUCUUCUGCGUCAAGACCUGUCGCGUAUUGAGAACAAGUCCGCCCUAGCUGCGCCAUCUCCGCUGUCGGACAAUCUCUCCACGGCCUUCAACGACGCCGACUCUUCGUUCCAGGAGAAGUUAGAUCAGAUUUUGCUCUCUGGAGGAGGGAUGGAUGAGUCCACUAUGGACUCUAUAUUCAAUUCACUGACUGCGGCGUUGGCAAACGAGAAUGGUCACCUCAAAUUGUCGGCGAAUGACAUAUGCAGGUACCUGGCUUACCUGAGGUCUUUCCAUCCAAAACGAUUCGAUGCAAGGCUGGUUCGCUGGGUAUGUGGGGUUCUGAAGUCACCAUCUCGGAUUGCAAUGGUCCGUAUCCUACCUCCUCUUAUUGGAGUCGGUUGCGUCACCAUACACGCUUUUGUGAUGCUUGUGAAGAAGCUUUUACAAUCGGAAAGGGUAGCCUUGGUAGUCCCUAAAGUCACGGAUCUGCAGCUGGAUCUUCUUGAACUCCUAGUCUCACAGGAGUCGAGCGGGAGCCGUUACACAGAUAUGGUCACGUAUCGCUACUAUUUAGCACAACAAGAGUUCAUUGACAAGCAUCCCGAGGAGUGCCUCAAUAUCAUUCGUGCUGCUGUGCCACUGAUCAACAUGAGGCAGACAGAAAGUGCGAGUGAAUCGAACCCGGCAGACCUUACAAAGUGCGCCAUGGUCUUGCUCCAAACCUUACUCACGCAGAAACCAGAACGCAUGGUAAAAUGUUGUACGCAAAAGUUAGUUGGCCAAGACCCGGCGUCCACAAUGAUCCUACAAAAGGCUCUUGAUGCUCUACUCGGCUUCAAUUCACAAGAUCCCCAGACUAUGUCUGAGGCUGAGAGAGUCAUUGGCAUGAACAAUGACUUCUCGCUCCCUAUCUGUCAGUUGAAGCUCCAGCUCUUAUUUAAUGCAGAGGCUGGGAAUGGAGUCGACAAUGGUAUCGUAGAUGUGAUGUUCAAGGCAGCGAUGGCUGAUGCUCGCUCAAAGCGUUCCCACUGGUACGGUUUGGUGAGUCUGAUGAACCAGGAUGCGGUACGACAGAUCCGCGAGCGAGCUGAAAAGGGCUUCUUUUCUAUUCCUAUCCUGGAAGAACCUAUUGGCGAUCCCACCGUGGCAGACAAGUCAAACUCCAUUGAAACCGCUCGGCUUUAUCUGGCAAUUAUUGAAAAGCUAGCAUAUAGCAUUCCUGAAACGGGCGUGCCAUCAGUUGCGCCUAUGUUGGUGGAGAAAAUGGAGUUGCUUCUCCAGAAAUUCAUCACCAUGCAGCCAAAUUCGUCUGCUCCCGCAGAGUCGUGUCAGAUAGCUCAGGCGCGCUCGAAUUUCGAAAGAAGCCUUGCAUUUUGGUUCUCGGCCCUGCUCAGACUUGUUGUCCUCCAUCGGUCAGCAUUCAACACGCCGGCAUUAACACCUAAGCCGAUCGGUCUCCAAGAACAAGCUCGCAUGCUGAUUUCCAUUUUCUGCAUCACUCUCGCACGUCUCCCGGACCGGGUCAUUCGUCUCUAUCCGUCAGCGAAUUAUUUCCCUCAUCCUGUGCAGUCGGAAGGCUACCGCCCAUGUCCCGGAAUCCUGCUACAGACCCACGCUUUGGACGUUGCAGCAGCACUGAUUGAUACGUUCCCGGAUGAAGCACGACAACAAUGUGCCCGUUUCCUCAAGGAGAAAUGCCCUCCUUUUCUUCAGUUCCAAAACGAUUCCCGGUUCCUCUAUCUUCUCGGGCCCGUGAUGGACACAUCAACGCUCAACUCGUCUCAACCCGCAUCUCUACCAUCUCCUGCGGCCGGUGGCUCAACCCCGACACCGACUGGUAAUCUCGCUGGCGGGCCACCCAAUUCACAACAAAACCUCUCUUCAGCGUCGGGCCUACCGGCUGGGCUAUCUGAAGGUGUCAAUUGCAUUGCAAGCCACCUUCGUUUGCAGUACCGUGGCCGGGGUCUUGGCGCCUAUCCGGUUCGCCCCUGGGAACUUCUCGAAGACGCUGCUCCAAUUGUCGGAAUGAACGACACCGCUGUGAGUCUGAAGUACUUUGAUGCCCGACGCGUCAGAGCCUAGGCAAUCAGCAGCUCACCCUCGUAUAUAAUGUCUGCUGCUUUCUCUCUAUGAUUUGAGCCUUAUAUGUGCUUGUGCUUGCCUUUUUGCUCGAUACCAUACCUAUAUUUUUGCAUAUAUUGUCCACCUCAUGUUGCUUUACCUAUAGGAUCUCUUACAUCCUUCUCCCAUUCACUCAUUUGGUUGUUUUUCUUUCGUUCAUUUGUCAUCAUUCUGACCGCGGGUAUCAUGUCGGCGAGCAAGGGUGCACUGGUUAUUGCCGUUUCUGGGGGUGCGUGCUUUUGGUUACUUUCUUUGAGGGCAUUUGGGGGUUGUAUAUAAUAUAGAGACGGGCGUUUGGAUGGGUCGGAUGGCUCAUAUUGAUAUAGCAUUUACGAUUGGCAUAGUAUUUGAAACUGGCACUUGAAUAUUUCGAUUAGGGCAUGAUUUUGUGCAUAAGCGGAUGGUAAUAUACUAUCUAUCUCUUCAGUGACGUUGGAGAACACUUGGGCAUGAUGCAUGCAUACAUAGUAAUAACUCGAGAAUAUCCAGUCUAC